GUUUUGGAACGUUUGCUUCAAAGCUGAGAAUUAACAACAAAGAUGGGAAAUCAGCACAGCAGUCUUCAAAAAGAAGGCUACAAGAUCACAAAAGAAACUGACAAAUAUAUUAUCGUCACGAAAGAUUUUGACAUAUUUUUCAUAAAGAAGUUACACCAAAAAGACGAUAAAGAGUUAGCUUCAAGCAAUGAAGCCCUCAAGAAGAUAAACCAUUCACAUCUUUUGGACAUCAAGGGUUUUAAGGGCGGUAAUCACAUGAGCUACAUGAUUAUGGAAUACUGCCAGGGAGGGAGCCUUGCUAAAACGAUCAGAAAAGAACACUUGGACCCUUUUAAGGAACAAAAGAUUCUGAGCUGGUUUGUUGAGAUCAUCAUGGCUUUGAAAGCCCUUCAUGAAAAAGGUUCUCCUCACAAAGAUCUCACACCAGAGAAUGUGUUCUUAAACAAGUUCGGAAUCAUAAGAAUGGGUGGGUUUGGAAUAACCAGUGAAAGCGGUUUAGGAGGCAAUCAAAAUAAACCAAUACAUUAUCUGCCUCCUGAAACCCUUACAGGUGGGAUCUAUGAGGAAAAAAGUGACAUCUGGUCUGCUGGAUGCAUACUCUUUGAGCUUUGUACAAAACAACCAGCGUUCUCUGCAGACACUCCAGUCAACCUGAUCCCAAAGAUAAUAAGUGGCCCUAGCCCAUCUCUCCCAGAAGGAUUCUCACCAGAACUUUGUAAACUUCUGAGUGACAUGCUGGAAAAAAAUCCUGAAAACAGACCAACAGCUGGUGAAAUCCUUGCACAUCCCUUUGUUCAAACUCGACUUAUUGAAAAGUGCAAAACAACAGUGGAGGAGCUCCAGACCAUACUGAACACCCUGAGGGCUCUGGCUGAUGGUUUGGAGAACGUUCACACAAGGACCUGCAUUGGGAGCCUGACUGGGGGAGUGAUUGGAUUAUUAGGAGGAAUCACAACAAUUGUAGGGGUCAUACUGUCCCCAUUCACUUUGGGAGCUUCUAUCAUUGUUACUGGCGUAGGUGCAGGGGUGGGUGCAGUUGGUGGAAUUACUGCUAGUGCUUCAAACAUCACUAAAACAGUCAAACAGACUUCUCAGCGUGAAGCAGUUGACUCCAUCAUCAAAGAAUUUGAUCAGAAAACUAAAGCAGUCGUCACCUGGCUUCAGGAGAUUUAUGCAGGAUUGGAGACCAUAGGCCAUAUAAAUCAACAAACAUUAGGAAAUUAUGGUUUUAAUAAUGAAACCCUGAAAAAAGCAGGCUUUAGAGCAGGAAGAAGCCUAGGUGUCGUUUCAGAGGCUGUCCGACUUGGUAGAUUUUUGAGCAUUGGCCAAUGUGCAGCACAAACAUCUAGAGUAGUGCGUGUGGCAGGGUUGGCAACAGGUAUACUAUCUGGUAUAUUUGUGGCAGUAGAUGUUUUUUUCAUUGCCAUGGAUGCAAAAGAAAUCCAUCACAUCAGACAGGCAAAGGCUUCAACAGCCUCUGACCAAAACACAUUGAUGUCCAGUCCAGAGACGGAAUACAGGUCUUCCUCUGUGGAAAAUAUCAAAUCAGAAAUCAUGAAAUUUGUCAAGUCAAUCAGAAACUUCGCAGGUGAGCUACAAAAAGUUGUGGAUGAGCUGAAAAAUGUGAUUUCAACAAUCCCUGAGAAAGACCCAGAGGAAGAACAGGAUGGCAUAACACAAAAUGUUGAAGGUGAAAAUGAUUAGGUCUCUAAUUUUUGUACAAAUUAAUUGCAGUGCUGUACAAAAGCUUGACGCAUUUGGUGAGAUUCAAAUGUACUGAGGAGUCAUAACUAAAAAGUGGUUUUGAUCCUAUUCUCAUAAUCUUGGCUUGAGAUUCUUUUACUAUAUUUAUCUAUGCAGUAAGUGUCUGAGGGAACAUGAAAAUUUUAGUUUUAUUACAAUAUUGAAAUUAAACUGUUGAUAGUUUGCUGGGCUUCACAGGUAAAAGUAGAAUCUUGAGACUUUUAAAUGACUGGCUAU